AUGGCGAAGUCCAAAGCUGGGCCAUCCACGGCCAAACCCAACAAGCGCGACCCUGCAUCGCCACCACCGCGCACCCGCGAGGCCUCCGUUUCGAGCAGCGGCUCCAGCACCAUUACCUGCAACUCUGGAGACCAUGUGAACGAUGCCGACGACAUGCCCGGUGAAUCCCCGGCCGUCAACGUCGAGGACGACACCCACGCUGAACCGUCGGCCGUCACAGUCGACGACGAUCCCCAGACGCCGACUCCGGCUGCGGCUGCGGCUACUAUGACGCUUCGCAGGUCAACCAGGGUGCCCGUGACACCGGCUAAGAACGGAAUCGAGAGCGGUGCAUACAAGGUUGAUGAGAAAAGGAAGAAGGCGCUCACGCCUGGGGUCCUGGCCGCUCUUGCUAAGGCGAGGGCGGUUUUGAAGGAGAAGCAGGAGGCCAGACGCAAGUCUUUGAUCGAGAGACUUCCGAAUCGACGGCAAUUAAUGGUGAAGCUCAACGUAAGACCCGAAGCGCUCCGGAACUUCGAGUCGAAUGGUACUGCAACACCACGCACCGGCGAGGCAUCUAACGGCUCAGGUUCCAACUCUGCUGUCGCUGUUCAAGAUAGUCCAUCACCUGCCAUCAAAGAGGAAACGCGCACCAAGCGUGAGCAAGACGUCGAUGAUAACCAAGAAGUGCCGGAAGACGACGAUGUCGGAUCAAACAGUGCUGUAACAGGUGGCACCCACGAGACAUCCAACGGUGGGGGAUUAAGCUCCGCCGUCUUCAUCGUCAACAGGGCCCUUCCUCGCAUCAAGCGUGAACUGGGCCCGCUGGAAUCGAACAUCGUAGCGAACGCCGCAAGCCGCUAUCUACGCUCCCGCCGCAAUCAUGAUGCCGAACCGGACGAUGCGUCUAUAGAACGCCGCCUCAGGUCCGCUGCGCGCCGUGCAAGGCGGUACAGGCGCAAUACUGAGCAGCAAUACGCCCUUAGGAACAGGACUCGCCCCACGCCCAUCCGUGACCUACUCACGUCUGAGAGCGGCGACUAUGAUCCGGACGAUAUGAUGGAACAUGCUCGUAUGCUGCACGACCAAGGCCGCCUCAGAGGAUCUGACACGCUACGCGAAAUCCGCAGGGCCAUUUAUGGGCCAUCCGCGGAGGAGCUGUCGGCGUACGACUUUGGCGACGAUGACUCCAGUGUGCGUGACGAGCUUGACGAAGGAACUGAACUGAACGACGGAGACCUCAGGGGCGAUGAGGGGUCCAAUGAGCUGAGGUCGCCUUCCUACGAACCAUCACCCGGUCCGCAGGUUGUUAUAUUCCCCGCAGUCCCGCAUUUCACGUCCCUCAAAUAUGCCGGCCACUUCCUCACCGGCGCCCUACUCGCAAUAGAAGAUGUAAUUGCCUCGCAAGAUGCGGACCCAGCCCGCACGCUCCCUAACGUCGUCGCUGGCGUCAAUGCAGAGCAGCCUGUGCUUGGGAACGGGACAGAGUAUCACGCCAAGAUGGUAUGGGGCGGCCAAUGGGUGUUCGACGCCCUGGUCCACUCGCACGGGUUGGAGCCGGAGUUUUCUACGGCGUUGCUAUGCGAGAUGCUCGAGGAGUAUGUGAGCGAUGCGAUGGACUGGUUGAGUGACCCUGAGGAGAGGCGCAGUGCUCUUGAGCGAGUGUAG